AAGAGGUUAAUAUAAAUUCUAAAAGAAUAUCUGGUUUUGUUUACUUUUCGUUGACUCCCUUAAGCUAUAAAAGGAAAGAAAAUAGUACGCAGAUAAACCACAUCCACGGAGGUAGACAAGGGGAGGGAAAGGAGGAGUGACCUAAACAGAGACGGAUAGAGGAGGAGACGGGUGCAAUAUCCAACUCUUAAAGGGACACAUUGUUGCUGCUAGUGAGAAAAGAAAAGAUUGCGGAGUUUGGAGGCUUGAAAGUGAAAAUAAAGCUCCACAGAAAGUAAAGGAACGACUCCAUGACAUUUAAAGUGAAGGAAGCGAAAGACUUCAACUGAACUGUGCAGACAUGUAGCAGGAAGCUGAUCCUGGUCUUACGCUCGGAGGGGGGGGGGAGGGAAGAACAAUUUUCCCCUUGCAUUGCUUACUGGUGAGACUUAACAAGGAAGGCGAGAGGAAGCGAAGGGAAAAUAAGAAAGCUUUAAGGUGAGGCAUAGCGUGUAGUCCUGUAGCCCUACCCAGCUGAGCAAUAUGGCUGCUGUUUGCAGACUAACUGGGCUGGAGAGGUUGCAGGAGGGCAAGCUUGUGUGUGGCUCUUAUGCAGGCUGUAAGCUGUAGGUUCCAGCCUGUGACGCGGAAGAAGAGAGACAACACGCAGAACACACACGGGAAAGGAGAGCACAGCUAGUCCCAGCUAUUCGGCUUCAUCCUGUCCAGGAUGGAGCCCAAGCACAGGGAGUUGUUGAAAAAGUGCCAUAAAAACCUGACGGAGUCCAUAAGCGAUGCAGACCGACUGUUGAAUCUCCUAGAGGAAGCUGGAACCCUCACCGCCAGAGACAGACAGAAGCUUGACGGAAGUAGUUCCAGCGGCCAGGAAAAAGUAGACCUCUUACUAAAGAUGCUUUUGGUAAAAGAAAAGGACCACUUCCAAGAUCUGAGGGUGGCUUUGGAGAAAACGGAACCCCACCUCCUCUCCAUCCUUUACUUAAACGGCCUAGGAACUGGUGACACAGCAGAUGGUGUGUAUAGCUCUACUGUGCUGAGACAAAGCUCCACCUACAGUGUCCUCACUACUAUGCCAUCAGACUCUGAAAGCAGUGGCUCACUAAGCAGCAUAGGUAUGCUGAACAAACCCUCUUCCCCUCCCCCAACAGCAGCUGACAGUUUGCAAAUGAGUGAGAAGAUGGACACGAUCUUGUCACAGUUGCGACAAGUGACACGUGAAAGAGACGAGUUGCGUAAACGUUUAGCGUUAUCUUCUCCAGGAUCUACAUUUGAUGACUGCAGGUCCAGUCCCAAGCUCACUCCAGACUAUGAGAGGCUAAAGGUGCAGUGCAUGAAAGCAAUGUCAGAGCUAGAAGCACUACAAAGCCAGCAUGCCAAGGCUCUAAAAAAAUGUGAAGAGGCCGCAAAAGAAGCAGAUUUCUAUCAUGCUUUGCACAGCCGUACGCUGAGUGACCAGACACAAUUGCAAGAGGAUAGUGAGAGCUUGCGCAGGGAACAUGCCCAGCUACAGCGGGAGUUCUCUCAUUUGCAGCAGUCUUGUCAGGACCUGAAGUGUUUGCACGAAACUGAUCAGUUAGAGAUGUCAGAGCUGCGGAGGCAGCAGCAGCAGCUGGUGGUCAAGCAAAAUGGAUCUUCCGAGCUUAUCAACAAACUUUAUGAUACUGCUCUGGACAAGCUAGAAGGUGUAAAGAAGGAUUAUGACUCCUUGCGCAGGCAGUACAAUGAAAAGGUCUCCAGUCACAACUUAGACCUGGGUCGGCUGGACCAGAGUGAAGAAGAAAAGAGAAGCUUGCAGAAACAACUGGAAGGGUUGCUGAAACAGAGAGAAAAUGCAAUACACCUUCAGCAUCAGUUCUCCUCCUCUAUGCGAAGGUAUGAUUCCAUCCAGCAGGAAUUAAACAAAGUAACGUUACAGAACAAAGAGCUUCAGAGGGAGAUGGAGCGAUUGCAGGCAGAGGCCACACGCUUUAAAACCAUGCAGCUGAAGGCUUCCAAGGAAGCAGAGAAAUACAAGGAAGAAAGAGACUCUGUGUUUAAUGAAUAUCGUCUGAUCAUGAGCGAGCGAGACCAAGUCAUCAAAGAAAUGGACAAAAUGCAGACUGAGAUAGAGCUUGCGCAAGGUCGAUUAAAGAAUACUUCCAGUGAGAAGCGGGUGGCCAGUGAGGAGAUGGAAGCUCUUAGACAGGAGCUUAACUCCGCUCUGGUGGAGCGUGACAGAUCUAUUUUUGAGAGAAAUGAACUUCUAGAGAAAUACUGCCAUGAAGUAAAGGACAAAGCAGAGGCCCAAAAAGAACUUGACCAGGCAUGCAAGGAUAUAGAGACUGUCAAGGAAGAGCGAGAUGUGGCAAGAAAAGAGAGGACCGAGGCCAUUAUACAAAGGGACCAUCUACUAAGAGAAUACUACCAAGCCAGACAGAUUCAGGAUUCUGCCACUUUAGACAUUGAAAGAGCCAACAAGGAAAUUGAAGUGCUUAGGAAACAAAAUGAAGCUAUGAGUCAUGAACUUAAGGAGGCAACACAAGAGGCAGAAGUAGCCAAAUGCCGGAGGGACUGGGCCUUUCAAGAGAGAGAUAAAAUUGUGGCAGAGAGAGAGAGUAUCCGGACACUCUGUGAUAACUUGCGGAGAGAGCGUGACCGAGCAGUUAGUGAGUUGGCAGAGGCUCUGCGUAACCUGGAUGAUAUGCGAAAACAGAAAAAUGAUGCAUCAAGAGAACUAAAAGAGCUUAAAGAGAAGAUGGAUAAUCAAAUUGAGAAGGAGACACGGUUCCGACAGCUAAUGGCACACAGCUCCCAUGAUUCAGCCAUUGAUACUGAUUCACUGGAAUGGGAGACAGAAGUGGUAGAGUUUGAGAGAAACCGGGAGGAUAUGGACCUCAAAGCUCUUGGCUUUGAUGUGGCAGAUGGGGUUAACGAGCCCUUUUUUCCAGGGGAGAGCUGUAUUUUUGUCACCAAGGUGGACAAAGGCAGUAUUGCUGAUGGCAGACUAAGAGUUAAUGACUGUCUUCUCAAGAUCAAUGAUGUGGACCUUGCCAAUAAAGAUCGGAAGCAGCUUAUAAAAGCUGUGCUGAGUGGAGGAGAUGUAAUUAACAUGGUAAUCCGAAGAAGAAAGUCUCUAGGAAGUCGGAUAAUAACACCUCUGCAUAUCAUCUUGGGAAGUCAAAAAGAUAGUGGAAUCUCCCUGGAGAGUGGUGUUCUAGUGUCCGCAGUAGUACCUGGAAGUCCCGCUGCUAAGGAAGGAUCCCUUGUGGCUGGAGACCGUGUAGUGACUAUUAAUGGUAUUUCCCUGGAUAACAAAUCAAUUAUGGAGUGUGAGGCUCUGCUGCGAAGCUGCCAGGAAUCACUGAACCUUUCUCUAAUGAAGGUUGUGCCUCCUAACACUUCAUGGAGUAGGCAAAAUCUCUUUGAGAACCUAAAAGAGUCAUGUCACGUUAUUCCUCCAAAUAUACAUGCUCAGAAUAAAAGAAACCUAAAGAACAACAGUUCCACCCAGACAGACAUUUUUCACCCAGACAUUUUGGAAUUUAAAAAAAAGAUGGGUGACAGGACAGAAUCUGAGAGUGCCCUUCAACUUAGUUGUCACUCAGAACAUAGCCUGAGUUCCCUAGGAGGUGAAGCAUUUGUGGGGCAAGGUUAUGAUAUGCUGGACGAGGAGGGGCAUCCAUUAGGUUUUGCUGAUGCUAUGGAAGAUGAUUUAGUGGAGACUGCAACUGAAAAGCGGAGCAGUGACACAUGGCCGAAAGUAAUGGUGAGCCCAGGACACUCGCAAAGCGAAUUCACAGUUUUUAAGAGGCCCAGGCAGCGGAAAUCCAUUUUUGAUCCAGACACUUUCAAGAGGCCUCAGACUCCACCAAAAAUAAAAUUUCUUCCUCCUGUACAAGUGCUUGGUCAUUCUCCCCAACCUUCAAAGACUGAAAGACCACCGACUCCACCCACCCCACCAAAACGGAGUGAUUCUAUUAAGUUUAAGCACAGACAUCAAUCCAGUUCAGCCUCUGAAUCCACGGUAACAGCCGGGUCUCCACCUACUAGCCCUUCCCCUGGUCCUUUACCAGUUGAAACUUCCCACAAAGUGCAUCAUAGCAGGGGAAUUAGCAGUUGUUGCCAUGAAGAUGGGACAGAUUGCCCUUUGACAGGUUGCAUUGGGGCUGGCGAUGUAGAAGGCUGUUUGCAGAGAGCAGAGGAACCAGAAUUAAAAAGGGCAAGACCUAGAUCUGCACCAGCACUGAGGCACCGAUUAGCACCUAUGCCUAUACCUCACUAUGCACUUCAGAAGUUCUCCAUGAACUCAGAGGAAAGGCUUUCUCCAGAGCUUUCUCAUGAGUGGAUCCGGUUCUCUCCUACUCGCUCCCCACGGCAUAGUGAUAUAUUUGCAGCUUCCCUGUAUGGGCCUGCCAUGUCAGGCACAGUGCCCAGGAGCCUGGCUCCAUGUCCUGCCGUGACUGCAGUUUUGAGGAAUCCAAUCUACACAGCAUGGAGUCAUCGGGUCCCGAAUAGUAACUGUCCCUCCUCUACAAAUCAAAUUUGUCAACAACAUCUUCAUUCAAGUGCACAGCACCAUGGCCGUCUGAGCUUGGAUCUUAGUCAUAAGCACCCAAAUGAAUACUGUGACACUUCACGCUCAAGAGUCCCCCAUGGUUCCAACUCUCUUCCAUCCAGUGCUCGUCUUGGCUCUUCAAGAACAGAACGUAUUAAAAUACCCUCAACCCCUCGCUACCCCAGAUCUUCAGUGGGUUCAGAUAGAGGAUCACAGUCACAUUCAGAGUGCAGUAGCCCCAGCCUAGCCAGCCCACCACAUUCACCUCUUAACUUGGAGACUUCAUCUUUUGCAAGCAGUCAAUCCCAAAGCUCCGUUGCAAGCCUACCCAGAAUAUCUGUCAGCACUGUGCCCAUUGGGGAACGCAGGAAGGACAGGCCACUAGUGGAAGAGCCACGACAUGUUAUAGUUCAGAAAGGUUCAGAGCCUCUAGGGAUUUCAAUUGGUGGUGGGGAGAGUGCGGGAAUAUUUGUAUCCAAGGUAACAACAGGAAGCAUUGCUCAGCAAGCUGGAUUGGAAUAUGGUGAUCAACUGCUCGAGUUUAAUGGUAUAAACCUGAGAAAUGCAACAGAACAGCAAGCACGACUAAUCAUUGGACAACAGUGUGAUACCAUCACUAUCCUAGCUCAGUACAACCCAAACAUGUGCCAGCAUAUCCAUUCUCGAUCCAGCUCGAGACUGGAUACAAGCACCUCUCAUUCUACCCCACACAGUAGUGGAGCAGCUACUCCUGACAACCAUUCCAUCAUAGACACUGUGAGUGAGCAAGAUGAAGGGACAAUGACUCCAUCUUCCAAGGAAACUACACCUAGCACUAGCCCACGCAGCUCACUCAGAACAACUGGUGAAGAAAUUAAGAGACAUUCAGAACUUCGUGUAGUCACCCUGUCUAAGUCUCCUGAGAAACUGGGAUUACAAAUCUGUGGUGGGAACUUGCAUGGAAUAUAUGUCUUGGACAUAGAGGACAAGAGUGAGCUUGGAGGUUUGCUAAAAGGAGAUAUGGUUCUUGAGUAUGGGUCUGUGGAUAUGAGAAACCGAACAGCAGAAGAAGCCUACUUAGAGAUGCUUAAACCAGCAGAAAAUAUCAGGGUAAAAGUACAACACAAAAUCGAUGAAUUCAACAAAUUGAAAGACCUGCCUGGUGACGGAUUCUAUAUACGCACACUUUAUGAGCGUCAAGCAGAGCUUCCAAAGGAAUUAAGUUUUAAAAAGGAUGACAUACUGUAUGUGGAUGACACCCUUCCUCAAGGAACUUUUGGCACAUGGAUGGCAUGGCAACUGGAUGAAAAUGCACAGAAACUGGAAAGGGGGCAGGUUCCUAGCAAAUACAUGAUGGAACAAGAAUUUUCACGAAGACUCAGUAUGUCAGAAGGCCGUGAUGAGACCAUGGCCAGCAAAACACUCUCUGCUGCUGCUAGACGUUCAUUCUUCCGAAGAAAACACAAGCAUAAGCGCAGUGGGUCUAGAGAUGGAAAGGACCUGCAAGGCUUGGACACUAUCAGUACUGAUUCAAUCCCCUUCUUAGAUGAAUCGGUUAGUUUGGCAUACCAACGAGUCCAAAGGGUGGAUUGCACUUCUCCCAGACCAGUUCUUAUUCUUGGGCCAUUGGUUGAUGCUGUGAAAGAUAUGCUGGUAAAGGAGUCACCUGGAAAGUUUUGUAGAUGCCCACUUGAGGUUAUGAAAGCUUCUCAACAGGCUAUAGAGCGUGGGGUGAAGGACUGUUUGUUUAUAGACUACAAGAGACGUAGCGGCCAUUUUGAUGUCACGACCGUGGCUUCAAUAAAAGAGAUAACAGAGAAGGACUGCCAUUGUUUACUGGACAUAGCACCACAUGCUAUAGAGAGACUGCACAGUGUUCACAUCUAUCCCAUUGUACUAUUCAUCCGGUACAAAAGCACUAAGCAAAUAAAGGAACAAAAGGACCCAAUCUUUCUAAGGGACAAAGUGACACAAAAACAUUCCAAAGAACAGUUUGAAAUUGCACAGAAGAUUGAACAGGAAUACAGCAAAUAUUUUACAGCUGUAAUCCAAGGUGGUGCAUUGUUUAGCAUUUGCAAUCAGAUUUGUUCCAUUGUGGAUCAAGAACAAAAUAAAGCUUUGUGGAUUCCAGCAGGAUGCUUGUAAAGUUCAGAGAGAAUAGUUCUCUUCAUGACUCAAGAAGUAAUCACAGUAGUUAUCUACAGAAAUCCUCAACUGUGCCUGCCAUUGCUGGAUUUGUUAAUUGUUUUAAGAAAAACACUAUAUACUUAGUAACUCAGUAUUUAUUGGUAAGCCACUUAUUCCAUCUCCAAAUCAUUAGAGAUACCAUAUGACAAGAAUAGCCACAGGUGUCAGUCAGUGAAGAACUGGUACUUGAAAAAUGCAACCAGGAUAAUGGACAGACUACCAAGACAUUCUGCACAUCAUUUAUGCUUUAGAAACCAGAACUGAAAGUGAGCAGAUUUCACAAGAACUGCCUCCAUCUCUUUGGACAAACCGAUGCACUAAUCAGAAAAACAAAACAAGCCUGCAUUUGAUGUCAGCAAACUGAUCACAUAAUAAAGAGAAUUGUAAAAGGCCACUUUUAAACAAUUCAUAAAAUGCAAGAGCACAGCGAGUGCUUCUUCUCUAGGGACCAUUAUGUUAUCCCAAGAGGGCUCUGACUUGCUAAUUAAAGGUACUAGGCACUAGGACAGAAGCAAAGUAUUGCUUUUCACAAGUGUUGAAAUUUAAGUCCUGUAAUAUACUGUAUAUGCUUUCACUUUGCAACUUUGGGAACUGUCAGCACUGCAUUCCUUCCACUGUUAUACUUGAAUAGGGGACUCCAAAAGAGAUUAAACACUCCUUAAAAUUGAUCUUUUUUUAUAACCACUUUGUUGCUGAAGAUUGUAACUGCACCUACAAAACAUCUUUGGGGUAAAGAAAUGCUGUCAUAUUCAAAUGUAAGUCUUUAAGUGGAAGCAGAACAGUUGUUACACCAUCAGCUAGGGGAAAGUGAAGAUUGUGGCACCGUGGGUAUCAAAGAAAGUGCUCAGGAACUAUAAGAAAUGGAUCACAACUUUUAUUUUUGUCAAUAUUAGUGUUUCUUCUAAAAACAUUUUGGCUAAGGCCACAUAACUAGCUGUGACCCAACUUCAAACCAUGAUCAACUAUAGUUAAUUCAUGUCAGUGUUUCAGAUCACACUUCUGGAAAUAUUUGAUAUAAAUAGAAAGAUUGCAACCCCUGUUACCUAAUAAUAACUUAAACCACCAUGUCAAAGUAAAGGUCUGACCUAUGUUAGUAAUGUUACAAUUGUAGAAUGGAGAGAAGAAAGAACCACACUUGACCUUUUAUAAAAUAGGAUAAUCACUCCACAAAUAAUGUUAUUAGUCUGUUAAUCAUGUUAUUAGUCUGUUAAUCACAGAGUCCAACUCUCAAGUAUAUAAAGUGUCAGUGUUUGAAUUUAAUAACUAAGGUGCAAUACAAGAAUAUCAAUGAAUUAAAUUGAUGAAUAAAUUAAUAACCAAUCACGUGAUACAAUUAAAGCGCAAUUAAAGAAUUCAUUAUCAGGCUGUUAGUACCAAAAGAAAAUCUAAAGUGCUGUUCAAUGCUUAAAUCCAAUUAGAGCGCCAAUUAAUUUAAAACUAAGUAAAUAAUUUAUACCACGGAUCUAAAGUGAUGUGCAAUGUUAAAUAAAUUCCACCCCAGCACCAAUUCAUAGAAAAUUCAUUAAUAGUCUAAUUAAUUAAAUAAUAAUGAAGAAUCUAAAGUGCUGUGCAAUACUUGAUAAAUCGAUUGGAUUCCAAUUAAAAGCGGUAUAUAGAUAGAAAAGGAGUCAAUGGUUUAAGAUUAAAGAGAAAAGUAUCGGGCACUUGCUCAAGUUCAAGGAAAAUAGUAAAAGGUACCCGCGAAAGGACCUGUAUCUGCAUCUUGUAUUGCACCUUAGUUAUUAAAUUUGCCUUGAGAAAGCUGUCGUAGAUGAAACACACGUUGUGUGCUUUGUUUGUUUUUACUUAUACCAGUGAUUUGGCUUUUUAAUAAGAAUUCUAGUUCGGUUUAGUUUGUGUAAGGGUGGUGUUUUGGUGCCUCCUUGCUCAGCUCAACCUUCACCAAUCCUCUCUUUAUCUACUACUCCAAGGGGCCAAUGAUUUGUUCAGGUUAAUUUAGUUCUCUACAGCUUAGCGCUAGCAUAUAUUACGAGACCACAGUCAUGGUUACCCUGUCUUCUCCAUCUUUGUGGUGUCCCAGGGAUAGAAAUUAUUAGGCAGCAGCUUUGGGGGCAGCUCCACCAUUCUUUAUAUAAUUUUCUCUUACUGUUUUCCUUGAACUUGAGCAAGUGGCCGAUACUUUUCUCUUUAACCUUAAACCAUUGACUCCUUUUCUAUCUAUAUAUCGAUUUUGAUUGGAAUCCAAUCAAUUUAUCAAGUAUUGCACAGCACUUUAGAAUCUUUGGUAUUAAUUAAUGUCUAUUGAUGAAAUAUCUAUGAAUUGGUGCUGCGGUGGAAUUUAUUUAACAUUGCACAGCACUUUAGAUGUGUGGUAUAAAUUAUUUACUUAAUUUUAAAUUAAUUUCUACUACUGGAAAUAUUUGAUCAUUGGGAUGUAAUACUGUAUAUACUUGGAUGUGUCCGCUGGAUCCCUGUCUUCAUUUGCACUUGAGUUUAGGCCAGCCUUAAUGUCAAGGUCAUUCUGUCUUUAUGACCAAAAGUCUAAGUGAAGGAAAAGGCAGUUAUUGUUCUGGGGAAAUAUCCCACUAUGCCUUUCUGCUUUUAAGUUAUUAACUUUUACAAGUAGAGUCCCUUAAAUUAAAAUCUUGGGUUUCUAAUAUCGAACUCGCAUGUUUACUCACAGUUUUGUGUGUAUUAUUGCCUUUUCUGACUUGCCGGCACCUGCACAUAAAAUUAGAGAACCAAAUCAAAUGUCUUCAUAGUUAGACUUUUUAAAAUAUCAAGAAUAUGGCAAUGAACGAUGAGCUUAAAACCUACAGCUAUUUUCAGUAAGGAAGCACUACUUUGGCACCCAGUAAUCACUAAGGAGAUAAAUGAAUUCCUAAACAAUGUAUUCCUAAACAAUGUUUGAAUUUGAAGAUCUAUCUUUAGAACAUAUAUUUUAUAACUGUUCCUGUUUUGUCCUAUUAAUGCAAAAGCAGCCAAAAAGCUUUAUUUUUUAAUAUUUUUAUAGCUAAUUACAUACAUAUAAUAACAGAGAGUUGUCAUCCCCACAAAUGCAAAUCCCCUCUUUCGAGAUAAAUUGUCCAUAUGAGGGAACAUUUUUUAGAAAACCUUAAGCUGGUUUGCCUCCUUGCCAUUAUGAAUGCCAAUCUUAUUACAUUAUAAUAGGCAAAAAAAUUAGAAUAUAAGGCCAGUCAUUUUUUCUAUAGAAGGUGGCAACCAUAACUCAAAACAAUUUGAACAGAGGGACACCCGUUUUCUUCUGUUAAUUCAUUCUUAUAUAAAUGGUGAUUAGACCUGUAGCACAAUACAUUGCUGUGUUAGAGACUUUUAAUUCACAUCAUAGCACAUCUAACACCUGCUUAAGACGAUUCAGGUUAUCCCUCAAACACUGUGAUGCAUCAGUGAUACAUAUGCAAAAAAAAAAAAAAAAAAACAGGUACAAAGAAAUCUUGUUAUACAUUUAUUCAAUAUAAAUUUGUCUUCUCUGAGGGUGGGGAACACCGUGAAUAGUUCAUUUAUCACACUAAAAGAGUGCUGAAAAGGUGUCAGAGGCGUCACUACAUGGCACUAGCCCCCCUCCCCAAAAUGCCCCUCGAGCACAGCCACCCCUUACCUGCCUCCCGCAACCUAACCACCAGCCCGCUCUCGUCCUCUGCUCUCAGCCAGCUCUCUGGUAAGGGAGCGGUUGGGGAGGGGGAUUUCUAUAUAACUUCAUAGAAAACAGACCUCAUGGUCCUUUUUUUUUUAAUAGGGUUUAUCAGAAAAGGGAUUCAUUUUGCACUAGAUCCAAAAAAAAAACGAAUUUCCCCAAUCACAUUGCUUGUUUAACAGAUGGUUCUUUGUUUUAGUUUUAAGUACAGUAAAAAUACAUUUAUUGUGAAAUAGCAAUAAUUUAUGUUUCAUUUGCUAGUCUUUGAAGUGGAUUUAGAACUGGCAAUUUACGAUACAGAUUUUUCUUUCAUUCACCAAGGUCGAUUUUUACAAAACUGAAAACAUUAAACCAUAGUGAGCUGAUAAAAUAAAGGCCAAUUUCUAUAA